GUGUCUUGUCAGUCACAGACACACCAUCAUUGUAAGUCUUCAUCACCAGAGUCAACGAGCAUCAUGAGGUACAGGGUGGUCACUACUUACCUCAUGUACACGCUGCUGGUGCCGAGCCUGGCUCAAGAGUUCAGAGCUCGUGUGGUCGGUGGCACAGCGGAGGCGGGACGUCUGGAAAUCUUUUACAAUGGAACUUGGAACACAGUGUGUGAUGACGGUUUUGGACAGAAAGAAGCUUUGGUAGCCUGCAGGAUGCUAGGAUUCAACAGCACAACAGCAGUAGCCGUGGGUAGAGUCAAGUACGGACAGGCUCUGGUCUCAUUCUGUUCAGUAACCUGCAGUGUGUAGGAAACGAAACCAGCUGGCGCGUGGUAACAUCGGG